AUGAGGAACUAUAUGGCUGCCGGAUGGUUCUACUCCCCGAGUCAAAUUGGUCGGUAUUCUGUGACUCGGAUCACCAGCCUCAAGCCGCCCAAGAACAAAAUCCGCAAUCCAGUAUCGGUCGUACGAGAAUUGACUACUCACCAAUGGCUCAUGUUCUUCGUCGGGUUCCUGGGUUGGACUUGGGACGCAUUUGACUUCUUCACGGUGUCGUUAACGGUGACAGAGAUUGCUCAAGACUUUGACGUUUCUGUCACUAGCGUGACUUGGGGCAUCACCGUCACUCUAAUGCUCCGAUCAGUCGGUGCUUUGGCCUCGGGUUUCUUCGCUGAUAGAUAUGGAAGAAAAUGGCCGUUCAUAAUCAACCUGUGCUUUUUUAUCAUCCUUGAACUCGGGUCGGGGUUUUGUCAGAACCUGCGGCAAUUCUUGGGAGUACGCGCUCUUUACGGUAUAGCAAUGGGAGGUCUCUUCGGUUCUGCAGCCGCUACGGCGCUUGAGGACCUCCCUUACGAUGCUCGCGGCGUCUUGUCCGGCUUCUUUGAGAUGGGGUAUGCCAUCGGAUAUCUUCUUGCAGCUGCAAUGUACCCUCCCCCCGUGCUUAUUAUCCUCUUCCGCCUCAUGCUUCCCGAGACCAACUAUUUCCAAGUCAUGGUAGCCGAGCGUGAGGAGCGAAGCCGACAAAUGCAAGCCGAGAACGAUCAAGCUCAUGUCACGGGAUUCCAAUCGCUCCUUAAGUAUUCUAGAGCAGCAUUCAAGGAGAAUUGGGUAUUAUUUAUCUACCUAGUGAUCCUGAUGACUGGGUUCAAUGCUUGCUCGCACGGCAGCCAGGACUUCUAUCCAACCUUCUUAAAGGAUCAGGUCGGCUUCAAUGCAAACCAGGUCACCAUCAUCACGGUGGUAGGUCAAGCGGGUGCGUUUGCUGGUGCCAACUUCUUCGGCUACAUCAGUACCUUUUUUGGCCGACGCUCGACUAUGAUGGUGACUUGCGUCAUCGGUGGUGCCUUAGUGCCCAGCUACGUCUUACCUCGUGAUAUGAGCCUGAUCGCAACCGUUUUCUGGGAGCAGUUCUGUGUCGGGGGUGUCUGGGGUCCAAUCCCGAUCCAUCUCAUGGAGGUCUGUCCUCCCGAAUUUCGCUCACUUAUGGUUGGAUUUACGUAUCAACUCGGCAAUCUAGCCUCUUCUGCGUCUGCGACGAUUCAAUCAACAAUCGGAUCCAAGUAUCCUUUGCCUCCCACCGCUACAAACCACAAGCGCUUCGACUACGGUACGGUCAUGGGCAUUUUUCUUGGCGCGGUCUGGGCCUAUAUCUUGUUUUUCCUGUUCUGGGGACCAGAGAUGUCAGCAGAAGAACGGGACGACGAAGCCGAAGCUGCUAAGUACCUAGAGCAACGGCGUGCAGAGGGGGCCAGUCUCGCUGAGAUUGGGGUUAUGCGAGCCAGGGGCCUGGAUAAACUGGAGGGCCAGGCUCAUGAUAAUGUCGAAAACGGAAAAGAAGCUUUUACAGAGCAUGUGGAGUGUUGA